CUCUCCGCCGCUUGGGAGCGGCCCCGCCUGGCGGGGGCUCGCCAUGUGCACCCUCCCCCCCAGGCGGAAUGUUGGGCGGGAGAGGCCGUUCGGACUCUCCAGGGCUGCCCUCAGCCCCGAGCCAGGCCCGGUAGGGGGUGGGGGCGUCCCGGGCUCCCCACCUUCGCCACCCCUUUCGGAUUGCCCUGUACUCUUCUGUCUCUAUCCCAGGAAGUUCUUUGAGAUCGACCCCCACGGGGCAGAGCGGGCCCUCCUAGGCGCUCGCUUCCACCCUUCGCUUAACCACCUCGCAGGAUCUAGUUUCCUGUGAGCUUUGUUCCUUCUCAACAAAGGGACAUGGCAUUUUCUUUCCUGGGGUUUGUGCAAAAUCAGCGCAGCCCCUCGCCCUGUGCACAUUCGUGAUGUCCACCGCGAUGCAUUCCUCAGGCCAGGCCUUUUUACCCAGCUUUCCAUACCCAAAAGCUCCCUGGACUUCUCUUCAUAGCAAAAAAUGCAUCCCACAGUGUUUGUGGUGAAGCUGCUUUUCCUUCAAUCUUGGACAUCCUGUUUUCUAACGAGUAUGAACAGUCACUGGAGGUGAGAAACAACAGUCUGCAGAGAGUGGGCUCCUCCGAGUCAACCGAUUCAGGCUUCUGUCUGGAUUCUCCUGGGCCCUUGGAUAGUAAAGAAAACCUUGAUAAUCCCAUGAGGAGAAUAAAUUGCCUACCUCAGAAGCUCCUGGGGUGUAGCCCGGCUCUGAAGAGGAGCCAUUCUGAUUCUCUUGACCAUGAUGUCUUUCAGCUGAUGGACCAGGAUGAGAACAAGGAAAACGAAGCCUUUGAGUUUAAGAAGCCAAUAAGACCUGCAUCUCGUGGCUGCCUGCAUUCUCAUGGACUUGAGGAGGGUAAAGAUCUCUUCGCACAGAGGCAGAACUCUGCCCCGGCUCGGAUGCUUUCCUCAAAUGAAAGAGAUAGUCGUGAACCAGGAAAUUUCAUUCCUCUCUUUAUGCCCCAGUCACCUGUGACUGCCACUUUGUCUGAUGAGGAUGAUGGCUUCAUGGACCUUCUCGAUGGAGAGAAUUUGAAGAAUGAUGAAGAGACCCCAUCCUGCAUGGCGAGCCUCUGGACAGCUCCCCUGGUCAUGAGAAAAACUACGAACCUUGGUAAUCGCUGCAAGCUGUUUGACUCCCCCUCCCCGGGUAGCUCCACCACGCGGUCAGUGUUGAAAAGACCAGAACGAUCUCAAGAGGAGUCGCCACCUGGAAGCACGAAGCGGAGGAAGAGCAUGGCUCGGGCCAGUCCACAGGACGCUGCUAGUCCAGAGAAGCCCCAGGAGAUUCUCCAUCAGUCUUUAUCCCUGGUGUCGUCCACAAAAGGGACCAUCGAGAACAUUUUGGAUAAUGACCCAAGGGACCUUAUAGGAGACUUCUCCAAGGGUUAUCUAUUUCAUACAGUUGCCGGAAAGCAUCAGGAUUUAAAAUACAUCUCUCCAGAAAUUAUGGCAUCUGUUUUGAAUGGCAAAUUUGCCAACCUCAUUAAAGAGUUUGUUAUCAUCGACUGCCGAUACCCGUAUGAAUACGAGGGAGGCCACAUCAAGGGCGCGGUGAACUUGCACAUGGAAGAGGAGGUCGAAGACUUCUUACUCAAGAAGCCCAUCGUACCUACCGACGGCAAGCGCGUCAUCGUGGUGUUCCACUGCGAGUUUUCUUCAGAGCGAGGCCCUCGCAUGUGCCGCUACGUGAGGGAGAGGGAUCGGCUUGGUAACGAGUACCCCAAACUCCACUACCCUGAGCUGUAUGUCCUGAAGGGCGGAUACAAGGAGUUCUUCCUGAAAUGCCAGUCUCACUGUGAGCCCCCCAGCUACCGGCCCAUGCACCACGAGGACUUUAAAGAAGAUCUGAAGAAGUUCCGCACGAAGAGCCGGACCUGGGCCGGGGAGAAGAGCAAGAGGGAGAUGUACAGCCGCCUGAAGAAGCUCUGAGCGCAGCGCGACCCUCCCCGCCGCUGCAGAGAGACUGGAGCAAAGGGGCCAGCUAGGUGACAUUUGGAGAGGGCCUGGGGCUUCCUGCCUGAAACCUACCUGCCACACUCCCUGGGCUGGAGCCCAUAGCAUCCUGCUGGCUACGCCUCUUCCGUCCCUGUACCAGGACAGUCUGCCAAGGCUGUCACAUACGGCACGGCACAGUUCUGAGCACCAAGUCAAGACGUUCUGGCUCCUUCUCCCCACAGCUGGAAGGGACCAUCUAGGGCCUUAUUGGGCACUGUCCCCUCAUGAGGGGAGGGGCAGGAGACUAGGCGUGGAGAGAAGAAACACAAAAGGAAAUGCUGCUGGCCAAAUACCAAAGACAGCCCAGGAAGGAAACGGUCUUUGUGGGAUAACCCAUAUCUUUAAUUUAUUCAACCUCAUCAAUCACUUUAUUUUUUUUUUUUUUAACUCCUGGAGACUUAUUUAACUGCUGCGAUGGGUCAUAAUACUGCCACUCCAGAUAGGGUUUUAUCCCAAGGACUACCUCUGCUUUUAAUUUAAAAAGGGAGUGGGGAGAAGAGGCGAACCUGUGAAGUCGUGGGACAGAACUGGGAGCUCUGUCACCCCAGGAGGCUCUGCUGUUUAAAGCCACAGCCUGGGGUACUGGUGGGAGCAGGCACCGGACUCGGCCUUGGCCCCAGGACAUAAGCUAAACCUCCCAAACCUACCUCAAAGGCCGGUGAAAUCUAUUUGGGGGGGUGACCCUGCUCUUCCUCACCCCAAUUCCCUGUGAUGUUGGCUUGUAUAGGAGUCACAGUCAGGAAAGCACUUCUGGCAGCUUCCAUGGGGCCACCCCCAGGUCAGUGUUGGGCUGUGGUAGUGUAGGUAUCCCAGAAUGGGGGGGCAGGGAUGGGUGGGCUCUGUGGGAUGGGGGAGGGGAGUACACACUGAGUAUCUUCCUUCUAUUACUUUGAUAACUUCCUUCUACUCUUUGAUAACUUAAUUUCCAAAAAAAAUAGUCUUUUUAUGAGUCAAAGAGUAUCAAAUCAGUGUUGGCUGGCCCAUCCAAGGCUGGGGAGAAGGGCCAGGAGCCCUGGGCAUCAAGGGGGCGGGCACCAGCAUAGAGGACUGUGGAAUGUGUUUCUCAGGAGGCAGUGUGGUGGAUUUUGAAGGUAAAACUGAGUUUAUCAUGUUUUGAUUUGAGGGACAGGGAGUGAUGGAGCAUCACCAGUUGCCUCCUCACCUAACCCCAUGGAAGUAGGGGUCUCAAAGGAACACCUCCCACUCAAGGAGCUGGGGCUGACUUGAUUGACUCUGGACAAGCCUGUUUGGUUCCCACUCAUCCCCACCUUCAGGCACCGGCCUCCUCGCCAUCUUUGCUCCAUUUUGGGGAGUGGAAGCCAAGUUUGUCUUAUACACAAGAGUCAGUUUCCCCUCUUGCCUCGGCUUCCUAUUCUGGGGAUGGGGAGGGAACCAGUGAUACUGGAGAUGACUGGUUGCUGUGUUAAUGGGUUUGAGUUGCAUUUGGCUAUAAAACAAUCUUGUUAGAAAAAGUAUGUGGGGAAUAGGGAACAGGAGGGGAGAGGGAGAAGACCGUCCCCACACAGUGAGACUCAUCUCAGUUGGUCUCUAAUCUUGUUUGCAGGAAUUCUGUUUGUUGGGCCUGAAAAGGGAGGUGGAAUGGCCUUCAGAUUAUACCAGUUUAACUAGCAUUGCUAACCAACUGUUGCAGGCUUUGAAAAUAAAAACAAUCUUGAACCCA